AUGGGAGUGAAAAUCGAUCGGCAGUUACACCAUCUUCGCUUUACUGAUGACAUCGUACUUAUAACACUAAACAUUAGCCAAGGAGAACGUAUGCUUGACGACUUUGAUAAAGCCUGUGGAAAGAUUGGUCUUCGACUAAGCCUUACAAAAACGAUGUUCAUGAAGAACGGAUUGGUUUCGUACGAUCCAUUUACGCUCAACGGAACGAGUAUCUUCUCAUGCUCCAGCUAUGUCUAUUUAGGCCAGGAAAUCAAGAUGAUAAACGGCUUAGCUGCAGAGCUGUGCAGAAGAAAACGAGCGGCCUGGGUACCUUUCAAGAGCAUCGGGAAUGCAGUGAAGAGCACAAAGAACACCCGGCUCCUCGCCCACCUUUUCUACUUAACGGUACUUCCUGCUUUAUCGUUUGCGUCAGAGACCUGGUGUCGAUGCGCAAGCGGGAUGAAAGGUCCACUCAGCGUUAUCGAACGCGCAGUCGAAAGGACGGUGCUAGGUGUAAACCGUUUCAGACAAGUAAGGGAUGGGAUCCGAAGCUCCGACCUACGCCAGCGUUCGAAAAACAGAGAUACCGUUCUGUACGCCAAACAGUCGAAGAUAAGGUGGGAUAGCCACGUAAUGCGGAUGAAUGAGAACCGAUGGAUAGGAGCCGUUAGUGAAUGGGUUCCUUGCGAUUUCAAACGUACUUCGGGAAGACCACCGACCCGAUGGUCAGAGUUCUGA